CAAGCAGGUUUCAGGUCAUAUCAUAGUGUAGAGCUCCAGGAGUGUCGAGGAUGUGUACAAGCAGCUGGCGACAGAGAGGAGAAUGGCCUCGAGCGAGUUCAAGACACAAAAGUAUAAAGGAUAGUGGGCGCCCGGGAGAUGCCGUGAGCUAGGCAGUUGUGGCUAAGAAAGUUUCAGCCACCCAAACAAGCGUCUGGCGUUAAGGAAAGCAUUCAGGUAGGCCCGACAUACUCAAGACUUCAAGAUGGUUCGUUACGCCGCCGCCGCCCUCGCCACCAACCCCGAAAAAACUUCGCGCGCCCGCGGCGAGUACUUGAGGACGCACUUCAAGAACAUGCGCGAAGUUGCCGCCGCCCUUACUGGUCUCAAGUUGACCAAGGCUUAUGCUUACCUUGGUGAUGUCGCGGACCACAAACAGAUUAUUCCUUUCCGACGAUUUGCUGGUGGCGUUGGCCGUGCCAGCCAGGCCAAGCAAUUUAAGGCGACUCAGGGUCGCUGGCCUGAGAAGUCUGUCAAGUUCAUCCUCCGUCUCUUGAAGAACGCCGAAUCAAACGCAGAUGCCAAAAACAUUGAGUUGGAGGACCUUUACAUCAAGAACAUUGUCGUUCAACAGGCUCCUAAAACCCGCCGUCGCACAUACCGUGCACAUGGUCGUAUCAACCCUUACCAGGGUCACCCAUGCCACGUCGAGGUUAUCCUCUCCGCCAGCGACGUCGAGGUCGAGCGAAGCAAAGACAAGGAUAUCCUCGCAACAUCACCACUUGCCGGUCUUAACAGGCGACAGGUAGCUCGCAAGCGGAUCGAGGCUGCCCGAUCAGCAUGAGCGAGUUAGUGUGGUCCCGGUGUGAGGAGACUUCCUUUUAUUCUGAUGAUUCUCGGGCGACUGUUACACCUACACAAUCUUAUGAUGUCGACCGUUGGCGACUUACCCUCUGCUAUUUGUCAUGUUCUCGUGUAUGCACUAUGUUAUGUUGCCAAAGGACGAUCAAAUGAACGGGGCGGCGGUGUUCUGGAGAGUCUGAAAUCAUACAGAAAUGGGCCUAAGGAUACAUUGAAUCGGCAGACACAAUAUAAGUUAUGAAGUGCUGGAAAGCUACAAACCGAAUGCGCGGAGACCCGGACGCUCGAAUACUAAGGAUACAAAGGAUGACAAAGGGAGGAUAAUAAAUUGAACACGAGAAAGAACUUUAAUAUAUCCUGCGAAGGAGAACGGAGAUCGAGAACGAAUGUGUAAAUCGAAUGUUGCAAAAGGGGUAUGUGAAGGUUGUCGGUCAGAAAGGGCAGGGUCUGGAAUAUUUGGGCCACGGUGAGAUUUAUUUGAGGAGGUCGGUGCGCAGGUUUCCAUCAACGAAAGUUAGUCAACGACGUCUUCGAUCUUCCUCAGUAACCCACGGAAAACGAUCCCUAUUAAGGUUCAAGGACUAUCUCGAUUUCGACUUGGAAUGUGAUGCUUGGCUAAAACUCCAGUGUCAGACGUCUACGUCGGAGUCAAUGUUAACAUACGCCAAUUGGUUCAUACCUCUUCUCAUAUAACUUGGCUACUUUCGCAUCGUAUUCCUUGCCUUGGAGUUCCAAAGGUUUGCGAUAUGCCUCGAUCCAUUGG